AUGGCCCAUAAGCUAGCCCUCCUCCUUGCCGUUGCUGUUUUACCAGCCAUUGUUUUGGCUACUGAUUAUGUGGUAGGAGAUGAUAAGGGAUGGACCAUCAACUUUGACUACAAUGCUUGGGCUCAGGGCAAAGAAUUCAUGGUUGGAGACACACUGACAUUCAACUAUCCAAAAGGAGUACACAAUGUUGUGAAAGUGAACGGGACCGCUUUCGAAAACUGCAUCAAGGAGCCAAACAAUGGGAUAACAGAUUCCGGGUCCGACAAAAUUACCCUGGCUACCCCUGGGAACAAGUGGUAUAUUUGCGCAUUUGGGCAACACUGUGCAACUGGUGGGCAAAAACUGAUGAUCACUGUAUCUGACAUGGUCAUGGGCCCUAGUGCCAAUGCCCCUUCAAGUUCAACAAGGACAAACAUGGCUAAAGGACUGGAUAUCUUUCUUGGGGCCAUCUUGGCACUAGCUUUGCUUGUGGAUUUGCUCAUGAAAGCCAUUGCUUUGGCUACUGAUUAUGUGGUUGGAGAAGAUAAAGGAUGGACCAUCGACUUUGAUUACAAUGCUUGGGCAGAGGGCAAAGACUUCAUGGUUGGAGACACUCUGAUAUUCAACUAUCCUCGAGGCCAACACAACGUCGCAAAAGUGAACGGCAGUGCUUUCCAAAGCUGCACAAAGGAGCCAAACAAUGGGAUAAUGGAUUCCGGGAACGACAAAAUUACCUUGGCUACCCCUGGGAACAAGUGGUACAUUUGCACCUUUGGGCAACAUUGUGCAGUUGGUGGCCAAAAAUUGAAGAUCAGUGUGUCUGAUAUGUCGAUGUCCCCGGGCAUGCAGCCGACCCCGAAUCCUACAGCACAGAGCUCUGCAAGGACAAACAUGGCCAAUGGAUUGGCCAUCUUUCUUGGGGCCAUCUUUGCCUCAUUUCUUGUCAUCCUUAAUUGAUUGUAAUGUUUGACAAACCAUACUGGUUCUAGACUAUGAUGAAUAAGAGGGUCAUGGGUUUGGGUGACUUUGGGUUCUUUCUAAUAUCACUGUUGCCAUUGAUAUUAAUGGUAUUGUUUGUGUAACGUUUUGAAGUAAGAUUCUUCAUCCAAAUACACAUUUUUGUCUUGGAUUGAUAUAUCAGUUAGCUCUGUUUAUGUGUACGAUUUGUUUUCUU